ACCGCGAGGGGACGCUAGCAAGGAGGAACUGUCUGCCGCUGCGCUACGAGCCCGUCUAGUGUGAAUGACGAUAUAAUUUAUCAACCUCAAAACCCCAUUCCCUUUUGCUGUGGGUCGCGGGAUUCAGUUUUUGUUCGGCAUUGCACACUUGGUCGAGCUCGCCGUCGGACGCCGCCCACCGUUGUUGGCCCUGCGUGGCUGUUCUCCGGCAAGUAUUGAAGAAGUAGCUCAAGGUGAAAAUACUUGUCAAAGGAGGUGCCUCUUAAAUAUUGAGGGGAGACACUAUUCAAGGCUAGCGCUUCUGACACCAUGAGGUGCUACUUCACUCAACCAUUGCUAGCUUAAGAUUAUUUCAUUGAAAGGCUGUUAGGCUUUGUCAGAUUGAUUGGACCCUUGCUAGGAGGCAGUGUUUUAGGCUGUUGUAGUCAGUUGUUACUGUUAGUGCUUGCCUGGCCCAUGGAUCCAUUUGAUGAUGUUUUUUCAGAAGCUCCUGUUUCACGUGCUCGGGCGGGUGGCAAGUUUAUUCCAAAGGCCAAAGCUAAACAACUGGCUCGUAAGGAAAUAUCUACAUCAAAUCAAGUAACCUCUAAUGAUGGAAAGAAUGAGCAUGUUGCACCAUCAUCCACAAGCUUGGACACUGUAGGAAAUGCCCCAAGAAAAAGUAGUAAUCCAGUUGAUUUAAUUCCAGAUACAUCAGCUAAAGAAUUUCUGAAAUCCAGUCAUAGUUCACCUGUAGAAAUCCCAGUUUUGGAUGAUAAUAAUCCUGACCUGGAGGAUUUUCAGCAAGUUAAUGUGAGCGGAUGUAAUGCUGUUUUGGUGGAUGCUCAGCAUUCAACUAUUACAGCAUCUGAGGUCAAUAGUGAUUGGCAUUCCACCAAUUUUCCAAAAGCAGCUAAUGAGGCAGACCCUGUUGGUUUUGAUGUGAGUUCAGUAGCAGACAUUAUUCCUGGGACCAACCUCCAUAAUGCUAACUCAACCAUUAUUGAGAAUGAAGAACCUUCUAAAUAUUGGGAAGGUGAAGGUCCAUUUCUUGAUGUCCACAAAUGUUUGGAACGUAUUGAUGCUUCAUUGGCAUUGCAAGCUGGUCCUGAUGUGGCAUCCCAAAGUGCUUCAGGUUGUAAGGCUGCAAUGUUGGAGAACAGUCAUUCAAAUUCUAGCCUUGAAAGAGCAGGAGAGCUCGCAAGUUUCAACCAAAGAUUAAGCCUCGGCCUAGAGUAGGGACUGCAGCAGUUGUUGCUUCUGCUUCAGUUAAUGAUUUCUGUAGAACCAAUUCAUUGAGUGAUAGGGAUAAUUCAUGCUCAAGUGUGCCGGUGUCUAAGGACACAAGAAGCUUGGGAGCAGUAAUCCCUUCAGAGCCUCCAAUUGCCAUGCUAUCAAGGGUGCUGCUCCGGAUG